AUGGCAUCACGUCUGGCAAGAAGCGCUGUUGGCGCCGCUCGUCUUCGACCAUCUCUUCCACUCCGCACCCUUCCUGCCCUCACAUCCAUCACAAGCUACCGAUCAGCAUCGACCGUCCCGGCUGAAGAUCCAAAAAAGAAGGCACAAUCCAUUAUCGAUUCGCUGCCAGGUAACUCCCUGGUGUCGAAGACCGCGAUCCUUUCGUCAACGGCCGGUGUCGCGAUUUACGCAUUGAGUAACGAGUACUAUGUUGUCAACGAGGAAACAAUUGUCGCGCUUUGCUUGUUGAGCGUUUGGACUGCGGUCUUCAAAUAUGGAGGUCCAAUGUACAAGGAGUGGGCGGAUGGACAAAUCAACAAGAUUAAGGGUAUCUUGAAUGCUGCUCGUGCCGAUCACACUGAGGCAGUCAAGACCAGAAUUGAGAGUGUGCAACAAUUGGGAAGCGUUGUAGACAUUACAAAGACCCUUUUCGAGGUCUCAAAGGAGACUGCGCAACUCGAGGCCAAGGCAUACGAACUCGAGCAAUCUACUGCUCUCGCAGCAGAGGCCAAGGCAGUUUUGGAUUCAUGGGUUAGAUAUGAGGGACAGGUAAAGAUCCGCCAACAGAAGGAGCUCUCGGAAAGCAUUAUUUCCAAAAUCCAGAAGGAGCUAGAGAAUCCAAAGGUCCUCCAACAGAUCUUGCAACAGAGUGUGGCCGAUGUCGAGAAGAUCGUCUCAUCCAAGGCACAGUAG